AUCGUUCACGCAGCAAACCAUAAAAAUAAAAUUCCUUUGCUGGCACGGGAAUCCAGGGGAUUCGCGUGGCUACUGUGGUUCAAUACACAUUGCAUCGAUCCCGUAGGCGAUCUCGAAACGAUGCACAACGCAGCGAAAUAAGUGAUCUUGCGGUCAAUCUGUGCGCUGGCAAUUUAGGCGUUCGUGAAUCGCUGAACGAACUGCCCCCAUAAUGGCAUUCCUCUGUCCCGUUCGUAUUCGCCGUGGGAAAAAGAAGAAACCUAUCGGAAGCGACAUCGAUAAGGAUCUUUCGAGUAGUCUCGGAUUGAAUCAUGGCAUGGGUCGGAUCACUGGGUCGGCUAGCAUUGAGACGCUGGUACGGGUCGGUAUCGAGAAGGAGCACGGGCUCAGCCCGGAUAGCAAGAUGGUGGUGCUACAUGACUUCACACCCUGCGUCGACGACGAGCUGGAGGUAAAGCGGGGUCAGAUCGUGAACAUACUGUACCGCGAAAACGACUGGGUGUACGUGAUCGGACAAGACACGCGACAGGAAGGUUUUAUCCCUCACUCGUACUGUGCCCCGUUCAACACACAGCUGGCCGACCUGGCCAUAAAGAAGAAGCUACCACGAGACGUUUCGACGAUGAUGGGCAAUGGGCUGGGAAAUGGUGCCGGCGGGCCUGGUUCAACGGGUGUUGGUGGGAUGGUGGUCGGGAGCGGCGUAGUCGGUGGCAAUGGAGUCGUGGUCGGUGGAACGGUCUCCGACCUAACGGACGGAAUGCCAGACAUCAGUAUCGAUGUGUUGGACGAUGGGAGUGGUCCAGGUUUGCUCACGAACGCGCUGAAACACUCGCAGGCGAGUCUCAGCUCAGAGCCAGAUUUCUUGCCCUUCGCCAAGGACCCAAGCGGCCGGUACAUAGUGCUGUAUACGUUCAUAGCUCGCGACGAGAAUGAUGUCUCGGUCGAGCGGGGAGAGUUUGUGACUGUCCUGAACCGCGAAGAUCCAGAAUGGUUCUGGAUCGUAAGGAGCGACGGUCAGGAGGGUUUCAUUCCGUCCGGAUUCGUGUAUCCGGCGGAAAACAUUCUCCAAGGACAAGCAGGCAAGCAACAGGGACAGCAGGGCGGAGGUGGCAGUGUAAAUAAUGUAAUGGGAUCGAUCGCCAACGAUGUGAACAACCUGCAGGCGAUGAAUGGUGGGUGUGGUGGUGGCAACAUGACCAUCGCGAGUCAGCACCAGCAGCAGGUUCAACAUCAGCAGCAGCAGCAUCAGCAGCAGCCCGGCAUCGGAUCGGACGAUCUACGCUACCAUGGAACAGAAUUGGUUAUGCUCUAUGACUAUAAGGCGCAAGCACCCGAUGACUUAAGUGUGCGAAGAGGGGACUGGAUCUACGCAGACCUCAACAAUCAAACCGUCGACGGGUGGCUGUGGGCGUAUGCACCUAAAACCCGCAAGUACGGUUUCAUUCCCAAAGCGUACGCCCGUCCGCCAGCCAUGACCAGCCUGUAGCAGAUUAAACUGCCACGGGAAACCCCCGGUUCGCUAAUAAGUACCGGAAAUCACACUCACAAAACGGCUCCUAGAAAGGCGGAGUGCCGCUGACUUAAUAAUGGUUAGAUUUUAAUUUAUUUGUAAACCCAAGCAGCAGUAAUCCAUCAUUCAUACUCUCUUACGGUGACGUCCCGCGACGUCGCUUUUCUUCCAUGGAAUGUAGAUUCCAGUGUUCGGGUUUAAGACUGCAGCAGAUUACCGUUUCGUUGUCGAUGUUCCUCUGGGACAUUUACGGAAAGAUACAUUCCCCGUGCGGGUUGCAAAGCAUAUACGGUUUUAACAUAAACGUUUGGUUUUUUAUGUAGUAUUAAAUGCAAGCGCGCUAACAUAGGCCUAUUAACUUUAUUUGUAUUGAUGUAUUUUAAAAUAAAAAAAAUAUAUGUUGGUAAAACAAAA